UGGAGGCCAGUACUUGAACUCAUCGUGUUGUGUCCUCGAAUGACGUGAUGCUUUCACGGCUGCCGCCGCAAUGCCCCAACCCCAUGUCACAGUUCACAGAACCUCAACCUCACCGCCUUGCGGCUUGCCGUUAUAUAUUCCUGGGAUCGCUGACCACUCACCGUGUCAUUUCCCUCGCACUAGCACUGGCUCUUCGACGUGCCAGUCCUGCGGUUUUAACUCCUUAACGAGACGGGGCGGUGGUUAUCUUACUCCACUAACUUAGCAAAUUGUGUGAUGUAUCGAGCUCUUUGUCCUCCAUCUUACCGAUCCUUGCGUCUCAACAAUCUUGCGCUUAGCCUUCGAAACAGAUUCCUGCAGCAGGGCACCAUGUCAGACCUUGAUAGGGCCAUUGUGCACCAUCGGGCUGCCCUGGAACUCCUCCCCCCGUGUCAUUAUAGUCGUUCCAUGUUUCUCGACAAUCUCGCACUCAGCCUUCGAGACAGAUUCCAGCAGCGUGGAAUCAUGUCUGACCUUGAUGAGGCCAUUGAGCUCCAUCGAGCUGCAUUGCUCCUCCGUCCCCCUGGUUAUUCAGAACGAUCCUCGUCUUUGAACAACCUUGCUGCCAGCCUUCAAGACAGAUUCCAGCAGCGUGGAAUCAUAUUUGACCUUGAUGAGGCCAUUGAGCUCCAUCAGGCUGCGCUACUCCUCCGUCCCCCUGGUCAUUCAGAUCGAUCCUCGUCUCUGAACAAUCUUGCUACCAGCCUCCAAGACAGAUUCCAGCAGGGUGGAAACAUGUCUGACCUCGAUGAUGCCAUUGAGCUCCAUCGGGCAGCGCUACUCCUCCGCCCCCUUGGUCAUUCAGAUCGAUCCUCGUCUCUGAACAAUCUUGCCGCCAGCCUUCGAGAUAGAUUCCUGCAGCGUGGGAUCAUAUCUGAUCUUGAUGAGGCCAUCGAGCUCCAUCGGGCUGCAUUACUCCUCCGUCUCCCCGGUCAUUCGGAUCGAUCCUUGUCUCUGAAUAAUCUUGCGCUGAGCCUUCGAGACAGAUCCCUACAGCGUGGAAAUAUGUCUGACCUUGGUGAGGCCAUUGAGCUCCAUCGGGCUGCGCUGGAGCUGCUCCCCCCGUGUCAUUCUAAUCGAUUCAUGUUUCUCAACAAUCUUGCUGCCAGCCUUCACGACAUAUUCCAGCAGCAGGGCAUCAUGUCUGACCUUGAUGAGGCCAUCGAGCUCCAUCGGGCUGCGCUGAAGCUCAUUCCCCCGUGUCAUUCUAAUCGAUCCUCGUCUCUGAACAAUCUUGCUGCCUGCCUUCAAGCCAGAUUCCAGCGGCGGGGCAUCAUGUCUGACCUGGAUGAGGCCAUUGAGCUCCACCGGGCUGCGCUGGAGCUCCUCCCUCCGUGUCAUUCCAAUCGAUCCAUGUUUCUCAACAAUCUUGCUGCCAGCCUUCACGACAGAUUCCAGCAGCAGGGAAUCAUGUCUGAUCUUGAUGAGGUCAUCGAGCUCCAUCGGGCUUCAUUACUCCUACGACCUCCCGGUCAUUCAGAACGAUCCUCGUCUUUGAACAAUCUUGCUGGCACCCUCUACAAUAGAUUCGAGCAGCGGGGCAUCAUGUCUGACCUUGAUGAGGCCAUUGAGCUCCAUCGGGCUGCAUUACUCCUCUAUCCCCCUAAUCAUUCAGAUCGAUCCUCGUCUCUGAGUAAUCUUGCACUCAGCCUUCACGACAGAUUCCUGCAGCGUGGAAUCAUGUCUGACCUUGAUGAGGCCAUCGAGGUCCACCGGGCUGCAUUACUCCUCCGUCCCCCCGGUCAUUCAGAUCGAUUCAUAUCUCUGAACAAUCUUGCUACCAGCCUUCAAGCCAGAUUCCAACAGCAGGGCAUCAUGUCUGACCUUGAUGAGGUCAUUGAGCUCCUUCGGGCUGCGCUAGAGCUCCUCCCCCCGCGUCAUUCAGAUCGAUACACCAUUCUCGACAAUCUUGCUAGCAGCCUUAAUGACAGAUUCAAGCAGCGUGGCAUUAUGUCUGACCUUGAUGAGGCCAUCGAGCUCCAUCGAGCUGUGCUGGAGCUCCUCCCCCCGUGUCAUUUUAAUCGAUCUAUGUUUCUCAACAAUCUUGUACUCAGCCUUCGAGACAGAUUCCGGCAGCGGGGCGUCCUGUCAGACCGUGAUGAAGCAUUGAGCUUGUGUUCUCAACUCCCCCACCAAUCACACCCAGCAUCUUGCACAGAUCUUAGUGUUGCCAAGUCGUGGGCGGCCUCCGCACAUAUCCUCAAUCACGACUCUGCAUUGCUUGCCUAUAAGACUGCACUAAAAUUCCUAGAUCAGCGAGUUGCUCUCUUGUCAUCUUCUUCGUAUCAUCUCGACGUCAUCAGGGAGGCCGUUUCCUCCCUUGCCACGGAUGCUUUUUCAUGCAGUGUUCGUCGUGAUGCCCUGACAACUGCUGUGGAGCUGGUGGAGCAAGGUCGUGCAGUAUUCUGGACCCAGUUGGCACACUUCAACAUGCCACUCGAUGAACUUUCUGUUUCAGAUGACACUGGCACGGCCUUGGCGGGAGGGUUCAAACGGUUGAGCUUUCUCCUUCGUAGCACGUUCGAUCAGUCUACCGAAGACCAGUCUCCGCAAACCCGCAAAUUGACCAUGCAAUGGGAUGACGUCGUCUCGCGCAUUCGCAUGCUUCGUGGCUUUUCGCGUUUUCUCCUGCCUCCCCUAUUCUCCGACCUGCAGAAAGCGGCAGAAGAUGGUCCAGUCAUUAUUCUUAAUGCAAGCCAUUACGGCUGUGACGCCUUGAUUAUCCACGACACGGGAGAUCCUAUCCAUAUUCCGCUUAACAUUACAGAAGCCGCAGUAUCCGAGUUAUGCUCCCAAUUCCAGUCACUCGCAGAGCAGUUUGGUUCUUCCGAUUAUGGAGGUGAACUCAUCAGUAUCCUCCGCAAACUUUGGGCUGUCAUUGUUGACCCCGUGGUUCGAGCUCUUAGGGAGUCUAAAGUUAUCCCAGGCUCGCGCAUCUGGUGGUGUCCCACUGCUGAGUUCACGCUGCUUCCCCUCCAUGCAGCAGGACCCUACAAAAAGAAGAGAGACAAUUUGUCUGACAUUUACAUCUCCUCUUACACCCCCACUUUGGCGACGCUCAUUCGUGCGAGACAGCGGGUUUCUCGAGAUGCGUACCCCCAACAUUUUGUUGCCAUUGGUCGAGUAAACCCGGACGGAGGGAAGGAGCUCGAAUGUUGUCUCGAACCCGUCGUGUCGUCCUUCACAUCGCUCGAGGACAGCGACGCAACAGUACAGGGUGCACUUGACGCACUAAAUCAUAAUCAGUGGCUUCAUCUCGCCUGCCAUGGAACGCCAAAUCAGACACAACCCUUCGAGUCUUCCUUCGCCAUGCGCGACGGGCCAUUGAUGAUCAAGGACAUCAUCCGAUCAGACUGGCAGAAUCCGGAGUUUGCGUUCUUAUCAGCUUGCCACACUACUGUGGGCGAUGAGAAUAGUCCUGAUGAGUCAAUCCAUCUUGCUGCGGCCAUGCAAUUCGCCGGAUUUCGCAGCGUCAUAGGUUCCAUGUGGUCCGUCGAUGACGAUGUUGCGCGCUUGGUUGUGUCUGCUUUUUAUGGCCACCUGGUUGAUAGUUCAGGGAGAUUGGACUCCACACGCGCUGCGGCAGCGUUGCACAUGGCGAUGAAAUCGUUGCCCAAGAAUAUUCCAUUAGAACAGCAAAUUGUAUUUUUUCACGUAGGUGUGUAGUUAUAGACUCGUUCGCCAUAUCAUUCCACGUAAUGAGUUGUAUUGGAGAGAGAAUGAUAUCUACGC